AUGGCAGAUAAAGAAGCUACUGUCUAUAUCAUAGAUCUCGGGAAUUCUAUGUCCCAGAAACACCAAGGUAGGACGGAAUCAGAUCUCGACUAUGCUUUGAAAUAUGUGUGGGAGAAGAUCACUAGUACUGUCGCUACCGAGAGGAAGACCGCCAAGCUUGGUGUAAUCGGACUUCGGACAGAUCGGACGGAAAAUGCAUCCGACACGCGAGAUGGUUUCAACAACAUCUCUGUCCUUCAGGAAAUCGACCAGUUACUCCUGCCGGGACUCAAGGAGCUUCGCUCGAGGGUAGAACUCAGUCGUACCGACGAAGGCGAUGCUAUCUCGGCCAUUGUAGUCGCAAUCAUGUUGAUUACGAAUCAUUGUAAAAAGCUGAAGUAUAAGAAAAGAAUCGUUCUAGUGACCAGUGCUCGUGGUAGCGUCGAUGGUGACGAUAUACCACAAAUUGCUGAGAAGCUGACUAACGACGCUAUUGAGCUGGUAGUUGUUGGGGUGGACUUUGAUGAUGCUGAAUAUGGAUUUAAAGAAGAAGGCAAAUCAGAACUUAAAGCUUCGAAUGAAAAGAUAUUAGAAAGGCUUGUCGAAGGCUGUGACGGUGUGUUUGGUACCAUGCAGCAAGCCGUCGAAGAGCUACAAAUACCACGUCUUAAGCCAACUAGACCAGUGCCUUCAUACAAGGGCCAGCUGACCCUCGGUAAUCCAGAAGACUACGAAAACACGCUGAGUAUUGACGUUGAGAGAUAUCCUCGAAUUUCGAUUAGGAAGCCCCUGAAUGCCAGCAGUUUCGUUCAGAGAAAACCAGACGUGAAUGGAACCGCGACUCCACAUUCUUCGGCGACACUUGCUCAGCCAUCACCUACAAUGAUGUCUGAUGCUGCGGCUAAUCCUUUAGCAACUAUUCACAACAACCGUGCCUACUUUGUUUCAGGGGACGAAAUAGCUGGCGGCAAAAAAGAAGUCAAUAGAGAAGACCUCGCCAAAGGCUAUGAGUAUGGACGAACAGCUGUCCAUAUAAGUGAGUCCGAUCUCAACGUCACGAAGCUGGAAACCCAGGCUGGACUAGAAAUCAUAGGAUUUGUUCAAUGGGAUAAGUACGAACGCUACAUGAAUAUGUCAGCUUCGAGCAUGAUCAUAGCCCAGAAGACAAAUUCUAAGGCGAUCCUAGCCUUAUCCUCUUUGAUCCGUGCACUAGUCGAGCUAGAAUCCUACGCAGUCGCCCGACUAGUCACGAAGAGUGAUAAAGAACCAGAGAUCAAGCUUUUAAUUCCUUCAGUUGAACACGACUAUGAAUGUCUGCUUGACGUAUCGCUCCCAUUCACGGAAGAUGUACGAUCAUACAAAUUUCCUCCUCUGGACAGGGUGAUCACGGUAUCCGGAAAACACAUUACAGAAAAUCGAAAUUUACCUAACGAUACAUUGAAAGAUGCCAUGAGUGCGUACGUUGAUAGAAUGAAUAUCUCACAACUCGCUAGAGAUGAUGAAGGUAAUCCAUGUGAGUACAUGGCAAUGGCCGAUACCUACUCACCGGUGCUACACCGGAUUGAUCAAGCUGUCCGGUGGCGUGCCAUUAAUCCUGACAAGCCAAUCCCUCCUCCCUAUGAGAUCUUAAUACGAUACUCCAAUCCACCGACGGAAAAAAUUGAAAGGUCGGCUUCAAGAUUGAAGAAGCUGGUGGCCGCUGCAGACGUGAAGAAGGUACCACCCAAGACACAAGCCCGCCAACGGACUCGUGAAGCUGUGAAACCCCUUUCUGGCCUGGACGUUGGCGCUCUCCUUGGCUCUAAGCCGAAGACAGUCAAAAUAUCGAGAGCAAACGCAAUCCCAGACUUCCGACAAGCAUUAGACCAGACGGAUUCUGAUGUUAGCCUUAAAGAAGCAGCCGCACAGUUUGGAAAGAUUAUCGAAAUUCAGAUCAAGGAUAGUUUUGCAGACCAAGAAUACGACAGUGCGCUCGAAAAGCUCGGCGUAAUGAGGCAGGAGAUGAUAGAAGUUGAUGAACCCGAUGCUUUCAACGACUUUAUCAGGAAGUUGAAGGACAGAAUCUUGAAGGAAAAACUGAACGGUGAUCGGCGAGAGAUGUGGUGGCUCAUCAAGAGGCAGAAGCUCGGCCUUAUACCAAAAAAUGUCUCGCAGCCCUCCAACGUGACCGAGGACGAGGCAAAAGAUUUCUAUACUUCACGGUAA